UAUGCCACACCGAGUGCCCAUCAACACACCGCGUCCGCUGGCUGCAGUUAAAGAAGGAAAAGGCUCCGACGGAAUCGCGAAUUCUUCUUAUGGAAAAGUGAAUGAAAUUUCUUCAUUUGAGCGCCCGGGGAUUUAAUUGUCCCUCGUUGUUUUUUUUGCCUAUUCACAUUUUGCCUCGUUCUAUUGACUGUAAAAGACGGGAUCAUUUCCUCCUGUGCAUUGACUGUGCGUUAACUGGUGUAUCCCGAACGCCCUCUUUGCACAAUUACGGAAGGGAUUUUUCGUGUUUUUCUUCGCCGGGGUUUUCUUUUGUAAAUAAGUCGCUGCAUGGGAGCAGAAUGGAAGACUGGUUUUCCCUCUGAAGACCGCUGGCUCUGCUCCCCGGCUGUUUGACUUUCUCGCCAGAAUGCAGCUUCUCAGAGUUGCGUGGGCUUUAGCUGGAGCGGCAGUUUGCUGUUUUGUCAUUCUUUUGAUCCACUCACGCUUCUUGAAAGAAGGUCAGCUGGCGGCUGGCACCUGUGAGAUUGUCACCUUUGACAAAGACAGUCUGCCACGGAGGACCAUCGCGAGACAGACAGCGAGGUGUGCCUGCAAGAAGGGCCAGAUCGCCGGCACCACGAGAGCCAGGCCGGCGUGUGUGGACGCCCGUAUUGUCAGGACCAAACAAUGGUGUGAGAUGAUUCCCUGUCUGGAGGACGAAGGCUGCGACCUGCUAGUAAAUAAAUCAGGCUGGACUUGUACACAACCGGGCGGCCGAGUCAAAACCACCACGGCUCUAUGACGUGAUGGGAGUCCCACUCAAAUCUCACCUCCUCUCUCAAAAUAUGGCGGAUCACAUUGCUGAACCUGACAGACAGCCAUUCUCAGCCACUGCUCAAGAACUGACUUUUACAAAAGCAACAAACUGCAAACCAUGAUGGGCCUUAACAACUAAAUAAGGUCUCCUAACAGCGGCAGUGGCCGAGGCUCCUGAGGUUGGGGAAGCUCCGACUGGACUCUGUCACGCUGCCUCCCCCGUCCACACCCACACCGCCCCCGCUGUAGAUAACCUGCUGUCAUCAGCUUAACACGCUUGUCCGUCUUCCUGUUUGUCUGUAUGCUUUGUAAAUGGGCCGCGCCCCCUAGUGCCACGGAGGACUCCAGCUUCAUGUAAAGCACUCGGGGUGCUCGGUCUGCCGGACUACCAUGCCUAGUGAUCAGAACCGAUCCGAGAACUGCAAGUCCCCCAUGAACUGACCCUGCUGGACUAUGAAUAAUCUAAGACAAUAGCACUCAGUCUGGAGUGGACCUGUGCUUAUGAACCAACUAAAGACUGUGGACCUGGCUAACUGCUUGUGCUGUGACUGGCCUUCUGCUGGAGUACACCUUUGGCACUCUUGACUUUUUUUUAUUGACCAAAGAGGGAAUCAAGUGUUCUGGACAAGAGGGCCAAAUAGAGAGUGAAAUAUCCAAUGGCAACCUUUCCCCAACAGAUGUCUGCCCUCGCGUAACAGUGCGUCCAGAGGGCCGGCUGACCUGUGCUAUAGGACUUCACUGGACACAUGAACACAAUCAAAGGAGUACCUUUAAUACUUUGUUGACAUUUUUCUUGGACUUAACCCAACACUGUAUUUUGACGCUGGAGUUGUAGAGACAGUAUACAUAUAUAUGUAUAUGUGUAUAAAAAAUCAGACUUGCAUUUUUCGGUAGCAACACCCGGAACAAUUUGCAAUAAGCAUGGUUGGUUACUGUAAAAGAGAAAAACCACUGAUCAUCCGACAAAAACAGAAUAUUCAAUAGUCAUUUCUGAUUGCCAGAUGAUUGCCAGAAAAAAAGGUCAUUAAAUGUAUUUUGAAAGACCGAAAGUUAUAUAUUUAACAGUUUUAUAUGUUGUACCUUUGUAGAGAACCUUAUUUAACAUGAAUAAUGUGGUCAAAUGGCAGUCAUAGAACGUCAGUGAGCUUUGCUCCAUAAUGCUGGUCUGUUCUGCUCUUUCUUUUCCCCACACCAGUAGCAGUUCUCUUUUUAUACCCAUUGCAGAACUUGGCCAUCUGUCCAUAUACAUCAAAAAGAGGAAAAAGGACAAAAUGUGAAAAAUUACUGAUCAUGGUGAACUGAACUUUAUACCCCACUUUAGUAUCUGGAGUCAUGGAAAUUGCUAUUUGCUAUUGUAUUGUAAAGGUGUGGACAUUUGACUCAUUUCUUUAUGGAUUUUACCUAAUUUAUUUUUGUGCUUGUGUUUGUUGCACAGUGCCGACCUCUAAGUGAUGACACUUGAAGGAAGAAUUAAGAAAGUCUUAGAAUCAUUUACAUGAGAUACUUUUUUAUUAUGAGAUAUUUUAAGAAUAAAUCGAUUGCGUGAAAGAAAUAUCACUUGCUAAAAUAGAAUUUCAAUAUACAUGGGUCACUAUUGAUCUUACUUUGCAUAUAGUUUUAUUUGUUGGAAAUUAUAUUCUUUUAUUUUGUGAAAUGCUAUAUUGAAAAGAACUGCUGCUUUCUAUAGAAGCAAUCACUAUGCAUUUGACGAAGUUCUGCGAAUGAUUGUCAUCCAAAUGUAGACACAAGCUAUAAACAUCACAUUUAUAAAUGCAUAAUACACACAUAAAUUAAUGACUGAUUGGUUCAAAUUGAAUGUUUAAUGGGAACAGUCAUGCUGGGAUUUGAUUACAAUAAUCAUGAAUAUGGAAUGUAUUGAUGCUGCAAGAUAAAGGCUCUCAUUGAGAAUGGCAAUUAGGACAGAGAGAAUGGCAGUUAAUGGACAUAAUAGAACCUCAUACAUGUGAUGACUUUCUCUGAUAGGAGGCAUUUCAAUCAAAUGCAGAACACACAGACAACUUGCGCAUUAAGCACAAACAUUUAGCGACUGUCACUGGCAUUUUUGCAAGGAUGGAGGACAUGCAAAAGACAAGCAAUUCACUGGCUGGUAUCCCCUCAUAUUCACAACGCAUAUUAUAUAAGUAUUACUCAUGGUAUCUGCCAAUGUAGCGCCUUACAAUAUGUACCAGACUUGGCUUCAGUGGCCGUCCAGAACAGAGGGACACAAGACAAGCCCGGAGGCCAGGCGGAGAGCCACAAGAUGACCGUUUCCUCCAGCAGCCCAAAUAGAUUUGAACUCGAGGGCCAGACGGAACAGAUGCCUCUGCUUGUGAUUAAACUCUCGCCCUCUAUCAUUAACCUCAUCCUCUCCCUAUCUCCCAUGUCCAUGCAGUUCCCACUAA